AGUGGGGGAGAUGACGCUCAGCGGGCGGCUGCUGAGGAGGAAAUGCGCAGAAACCUCUUGGCUACCGUACUCGAACCCAGUGCAGGAGCGCGAUGUGCACGUGUAGCCUUGGCGAACCCAGAACGAUCUCGGCAGAUCGAGUCCAUUUUAUUGAGGAUGGCUCAGACAGGACAAUUACGAGGACGGGUUAGCGAAGAGCAGCUCAUCGAACUCCUGGAACAGGCGAGAUCUUCUUACACUGCUGCGGAGGAGGCACAGUCUAAGACCAGCGCAAAGAAGGCAACAAUUGUUUAUCAGAGGCGGAAAGAGUUGGAUGACGACGACGAUUUC